UGACAUGUUAAAAUUAGAUAAUAUGCAUUACGGCCAAAAAUAAGACUUAUACACAAAGAGACAGAAAAGAAAGAACAACAGCGACAGCACCGCAGACAGAGGCUGGAGCCUGUGUAUUAUAGGAACACAAUGGUGACAGGAUUUUCUCAGUAGUUCUGCAGUUUGUGGGUCGUCCCGAGACCGUACUUCUGAAGGACACCUUGUCUAUCUGCCCAUCUGUGGUUCUGUGGAGAAGCCCUGACCUCUUUCCUUCAGGGUAUACAGUCUACAACCGACCUUCGGCCCAUCCUCUGUCACGUGAUCUAAGUGGACAGAUGAUAGUGCCACCUCCUAAAACUCUUGCCACAAAGACAGCGAGGAGGAAGUAGACUGGUGCCAAACCGUGCCUCAUAAGUCUCUGAGGCUGGGUAGUGAGAGAUCAGCUGUUUGAGAUAUGCCCUCACCCCCCAAUGAUGGAGACGAUCAAGGAACGUCCCCCAUGAACAUGCCACCAACACUGUCCAAUCAGAAUGGAGUAAAAAGGAAGGUCCACACCAAGAAGAAGAAGAAGGGUUUCAUCACAGCCAACGUUGCUGGAACAAAAUAUGAGAUUGUUCGUAUUGUCAUUGAGGAGAUGAUCUUUCAUAAAGCUAGAGAUGAUGAUGAGACGGCCAAUCUCAUCUGGAACGACUCUUCUGUGCAACAUGAGAAAAUCGCUGAGCUCAGGAACUAUCAGAGGAUAAACCAUUUUCCAGGAAUGGGUGAGAUCUGUCGGAAAGACUGCUUGGCAAGGAACAUGGCCAAAAUGAUUAAAAGUCAGCCUCAGGAAUAUAGCUUCAUCCCCAAAACCUGGAUCUUCCCAGCCGAAUGCACGCAGUUCCAGAAUUAUGUGAAGGAGUUGAAACGAAAACGCAAGCAGAAAACGUUCAUUGUUAAGCCUGCGAAUGGAGCCAUGGGCCAUGGGAUAUCUCUGAUUCGCAAUUAUGAAAAGCUCCCGGUCCAGGAUCACUUCAUUGUGCAGGAAUACUUAGACAAGCCCUUCCUCAUGGAGGGCUACAAAUUUGACCUGAGAUUCUACAUUCUUGUUACUUCCUGUGAUCCACUACGUGUCUUCCUCUACAACGACGGCCUGGUGCGAAUGGGUACAGAGAAAUACCACACGCCAAACGAGUCCAACUUGAACCAGCUCUACAUGCACUUGACCAACUACUCCGUAAACAAACACAAUGAGAACUUUGAGCGAGAUGAAACCGUGGACAAAGGCAGCAAGCGCUCGAUUGGUUGGUUCACAGAGUUCCUUCGAACAAAUGAUUACGACGUGGCCAAAUUCUGGGGUGAUGUUUCAGAGCUGGUGGUGAAGACCCUGAUAGUGGCCGAACCACAUGUGCUCCAUGCCUACCGCAUGUGCCGCCCGGGCCAGCCACCAGGGAGCGCCAGCAUCUGCUUUGAAGUUCUGGGAUUUGACAUAAUCCUCGACCGCAAGCUCAAACCCUGGCUGCUCGAGAUCAAUCGUGCCCCGAGUUUUGGGACAGAUCAAAAGAUUGAUUACGACGUGAAGAAGGGGGUUUUGCUCAACACCCUGAAACUGCUCAACAUCAGAGCAAGUGAUAAACGACGGAAUUUGGCCCAGCAGAAGGCAGAAGCCCAGCGACGGCUGUAUGGACAGGGAUCAACGCGCAAACUCACGGCCGGAUCAUCGGAAUGGGAGAGACAACGUCACCUACUGGAGCGCAGGAGAGAAGAGCUGAAAGAAAGACUGGCCCAAGUCCGCAAGCAGGUCUCCAGGGACGAGCACGAAAAGCGGCACCUGGGGAACUACAGACGUAUUUACCCCCCAGAUGACAAGCUGCUCUUGGAGAAAUAUGAGAGUCUCCUUUCAGCUGCCUUUCAGACAUUCCUCGCUGGGCGAGCAGCUUCACUUCAAAAGGAAAUGAAUAAUCCACUGAAACGAAUGAAGGAGGAAGAUAUCCUAGACCUCCUGGAGCAGUGUGAACUGGAUGAUGAGAAACUGAUGGGAAAAACCUCCAAACAAAAGGGACCUAAGGUCCUGUCAUCCAUGCCUGAGAGCAGCCCGACGCCCAGAGGGCACAGGGAGCCUGAAGACUCUUCGGCCAGCUGCAGCGACAGCAGCUCUGCUUCCGACGCUGAUGGAGAAGAUGAGAGCAGCAGCAUCACCCAAGAGAAACUCAAUCGCCCAGAACGCUCCAGUCGUGUUCAUUGGAAACCUGCCCCUAAACCAAUGCGAGCUCCUUCCACCUCGCCCAAUCUUUCCGGGCUCAUCCGCCGCUCCAUGUCCUGUCCACGCUCCAUAUCCUCUCUGACUGCGCAGUCACCUACCAAUGAGACCAGAAGGCCAAAAACAGUCACUCACAUGGCUAAUGCAUCGACUGCGGCUGCUCAAACAGCAGCCACCAUGACGCAGAUGACCCCGAUUCGACCCCACAUGGCAUGUCGCUCCCAUUCGCUCAGUCGCAACAGUUCUACAAACAGAGUUCCACACAGCAGCAGUCUAGGUGCCAUUCACCCCAAUACGGGGGAGACCCCGCUGAGUAAAGAGCAGGAGGCCGAGCUGAUGCAGCAGACACUGGCUGCACUCGGGGAGAUGAGGAUUCGUUACCCGGGGAAGAGCGAGGAGGAGGCCGAGGCCGUGUUGGAUGAGAUUCUGAACAACUGGAAAUAUCAUAAACCAAAAGUGGCGUCUUACUGGCUGGUGAAGUUAGAUGCAACCAAACAAAGGAAGGUUUUGGAUAUUGUCCGUACCAACAUCCGCUCAGUGCUUCAGAGGAUUUGGAGUGAACCGGAUGUGGAGAGCCUACGUCUUUAUCGCCUUUUCAACCGCGUGUUUAACCGUCUGCUCUGGAGUCACGGUCAGGGGCUCUGGAACUGCCUUUCCAGCUCUGGCAGGUCAUCAUGGGAGAGUGUUUUCAGUAAGAGCAGUGAAGUGGUGACCACACAGGAGCUGAGGUGCUGCCAGCAUGUCGUCCAGUUGUGUAGAGACUGUCUGCUUGUAGUCUACAAGUUUGUGGCUGACUCCCGUGGUUCUCUUAGUGGACUUAGCCCAGACUGGGACGACACAAGGUAUCUGCUGCCAGUCACCUCCCAGUUCAUCAUCAAGUGGCCAUCAUCUAGCUUCGGCCGCUCGGCGUCCUCCACUCGCUCUCGCAGCGUCUUUACCGCACGGAUGGGUCACUUCUGAUGGCCACUGGACUCCGACACCUGCUGUGGGAGACCGUAUCCUGACUUAAGAUAUCCAGACCUAAGGGCAUAACGUCUGGGACCUCCACAAACUCCAGCAGCAUAUUUAAGGGAAUCUGCCCACCUGCAUUGUUAAUGCAUCAGAUGCAUAUGAUCGAGCAGUCCCUGCCUCCUGUCCGCUGUAAAAAAUCAGCUACAUUGCUAUCUCCUUUAGGAUGCUUGUAAAGAUGAAGAACAUUAUGAAGUUAUUUUCGAGACUCUACAAUUUAUUCAAUAGAUUCCAGUGAAUGUUUGUGUCAUGGAAUCAGAAAAGGUCAUGUUCAUUUUUUUUUUUUUUUUUUUUUUUUUUUGCUUUGACCAUGGUGUUAUUUCUUUCACACAGUUUUUCCUAUGACCUAAAUCAUUUUAUUUA